AUGUCAUCCAUAGGAGCAAGUUACGCACCUGUACAUCUUAUGCAGAAGCAGCUCAAGGAGAAGAAGGCAAAGAGAGAAAAGGAGAGGGGAGAAAAAGACCAAAGUCUCGCCGUGGGGACCUCUUUUGCCACCUCCGGUUGGAACUCUAACAAAGUCUUCCCUUCUCGCUCGUCUUGUAAUGAACAAGCAUCAAAUCGUACGAGUAAAACCUAA